CCCGUGCGCGCCGCAGCCCCGCCCCGCCGCUGGGCUGCGGGCGGCCUGGCGGGGGGAGAGCGGGCGCGGAGCGGCGCCGGGCAGCCAUGAUGGAAGGCUCGGACGACGGCCCGGAUUUCCUCUCGGAGGAGGACCGAGGGCUUAGAGCAAUAAAUGUAGAUCUCCAGACUGAUGCUGCUCUGCAAGUGGAUAUCUCAGAUGCACUCAGUGAGAGGGAUAAAGUGAAAUUCACUGUCCACACAAAGAGUUCCUUACCAAAUUUCAAACAAAAUGAAUUUUCUGUUGUCCGGCAACAUGAAGAGUUUAUUUGGCUUCAUGAUUCCUUUGUUGAGAACGAGGACUAUGCUGGCUAUAUCAUUCCGCCAGCACCACCCAGGCCUGACUUCGAUGCCUCAAGGGAGAAAUUGCAGAAACUUGGAGAAGGGGAAGGAUCAAUGACUAAAGAAGAAUUCACCAAGAUGAAACAAGAACUGGAGGCUGAAUAUUUGGCAAUAUUCAAGAAGACAGUUGCAAUGCAUGAAGUAUUUUUGUGUCGUGUGGCAGCACAUCCUAUUUUGAGAAAGGAUUUAAAUUUCCAUGUCUUCUUGGAAUAUAAUCAGGAUUUGAGUGUUCGUGGGAAAAAUAAGAAAGAGAAACUUGAAGACUUCUUUAAAAAUAUGGUUAAAUCGGCAGAUGGUGUCAUUGUUUCAGGAGUAAAGGAUGUGGAUGAUUUCUUUGAACAUGAAAGAACAUUCCUUGUAGAAUACCACAACCGAGUCAAAGAUGCCUCUGCCAAAUCUGAUAAAAUGACAAGAUCACACAAAAAUGUUGCAGAUGACUAUAAUAGAAUUGGUUCUUCAUUAUAUGCAUUAGGAACACAGGAUUCCACAGAUAUAUGCAAGUUUUUCCUGAAGGUGUCGGAGUUAUUUGACAAAACAAGGAAAAUAGAGGCCCGGGUAUCUGCUGAUGAAGAUCUUAAACUUUCUGAUCUUCUGAAAUAUUACUUAAGGGAAUCUCAAGCUGCUAAGGAUCUCCUAUAUAGAAGAUCUAGGUCACUAGUGGAUUAUGAAAAUGCUAACAAGGCAUUGGAUAAAGCAAGAGCAAAAAAUAAAGAUGUGUUGCAAGCUGAAACUACUCAACAGAUAUGCUGUCAGAAAUUUGAGAAAAUAUCUGAGUCUGCAAAACAAGAACUGAUAGACUUUAAGACAAGAAGAGUUGCAGCAUUCAGAAAAAAUUUAGUGGAACUAGCAGAACUGGAAUUAAAGCAUGCUAAGGGUAACUUACAGCUGCUGCAGAGCUGCCUGGCAGUGUUAAAUGGUGACACAUAAGCUAUGCUCCGUCCUCCCACUAACAAGGGCUGCCCUCCUCUGGAUUUUGUUUUCAUGACUUUAAAUAGGCAUUUACAGUUCCCUGGAGAAAUCAUUUGACAAAGUGGACAUAAGCAAGCUCCUCCUUUCAAAAGAAUUAAAACAGACACCUGAAAGUAGCUCCAGACUAUACGAAGCAACAGCAUACUUGUUAUUCAUACAUAUUCAUGUUUAUUUAAUCAUUAUAUGCUUUCAUUGUUCAGAAACCAAAUGCUCUGUUUUUGUGAAGCUAGCCAAUAAUAUGUUCAUGUUAUGAAUACUAUGAUACAGCUGCCAAUCUUAUUUACCUUUGUAAGUAAUUUCUGAAGUUCACCAUUUGAAGUACGUUGUUCAAAUGGCUUAAAUAUUACCAUUAGAUAUUUGAAUAUUGUUACUAUAAUGCAUUGUAUACACUGUCUUAGUUUUUUUCCAUGUACUGAUAUCAAGAAAUUUAAUCGUUUUUUUUUCAAUUGUGAACAUUUCUUAGAAGUUUUGGAGAACUUUGUGUAACCUUUGUAACUAUGAUUUAAAAGGAAAAGCAAAUACAUUAGUAUGUUUGCCUUAACUUGUAGACUAAUCCAAUUAUUGUAAAAUAAACCAUGAAAUCAAUGAUUUUUC